AUGAAAUGGAAUAAGCAGUUGUUCCACAUCUCUAACGUAAGGAUAUGAAGAAAAAUUGAUUCUUAAUAUCGUGUGUAUUUUUCACCAGCGCGAAUUAGUGCUUGAAAUCUACGUGGCAUGCUGCGUAUAAGCCUGUCGAUAUCUUGUUGAGGUACCUAUAUUUUCCCAUUCUUCGAUUAGAGUUUCUUUUAGUUGUUGAAGGAUUUGAGGUGGAUGUGGGCGCCUCGGGACACAUCUAUCUAACAUAUCCCAAAGAUGUUCAAUUAGUAUAAGCGAAUAAAUGCAAUACACUCUUAACUGCUCAACACAUCAAGGUGUUAUAGCAGGUGUUCCGCGUGCAAUGCUGCCAUGUUCACUAUUGGAGUCACUGGAGUAGUUGUUGCUAUUGAUCCAAAAAGUUAAGCUUUGCUUGGGUUUUCGGUAACCUUAACCGACAGCAAAUGACUCUUGUUUUCCACGCUGUACAUGUGAACAUGGCAGCAUUGCACGCGGAACACCUGCUAUAACACCUUGAUAUGUUGAGCAGUUAAGAGUGUAUUGCAAUUUUUCGCUUAUAUUUUAUAGUCAGAGGACACAGUCCCCAAAGCAGAACGGACAACUUUCCAAUGGUGAACCCAAACGUCACUAAUGAUAGUCUGGGUGGACCGAAACAGCUGUCUAGUGUUUCACACUUGGUGAGUUGUGUUGUUCUGCAACCAUUUGGAUCAAUAGUGUAAUUCAACACCGGGAGAGGCAUUAGCCAUCGGAGUAGUUGUUGCUAUUGAUCCAAAAAGUUAAGCUAUGUUCAAUUAGAUUUAGAUCGAGACUCAGGGGUGGCCAAUCCAUGGUUUGAAUCCCGUGCUGCUGAAGGAAGUUCUUGGGUUUGAUUUCCUUUUACGACCCUGUCCAAUGCGUCUUUUAUAUCGACCGGUUUCUACAUAUCGAUUCCAAGCAUGAUGGAUGACGGAAGAACUGACGAUAAAAUUCCUUGCCACCUGUCGAAUACUGGUACCAUUUUCAUUAGUAACAACAAGAACGAUUUCUUGCUUAUUUGUAUAUCAUUCUGUCAUCUCUCAUUUUGAAAAACUAGUGUGAAACUUAACAAUUUAUGAUGAAAUGUAAAAUUUCUAGAAUAAAACAACUGAAAACUUUUGUUUUCUGUACUUCCACAAAAUUUAUUUAGUAAUUGUCACUACAGCUGUUUCGGCAACUUGCCUUUCUUAAGUGAUGGUUAACCUACUGUGCGUUCAGGUUAUAUAGUUUCACUGAACAGGUUGAGGAGGGGGAGUUGUUAGUCUCAAGUUCGUCAUUCAGAAUUGGUGUCUUUUAAUUUUCAUAGAUUCUAAUAAAGAUAGCUUAAGGCUUUUAUUUUGGACGUGAAGAAUUUGAAAUUGGUCGUUAAAAGAAUGAUUAUGAUCUAGAAGGUGAAGUGCAUAUGUGGAUUCUGUUUUCCUAUUAUUGAAAGCCCUUUUAUGUUCUGUUAUACGUUUGUUGAAGGCUCUACCGGUUUGACCGAUGUAAGCUUUUGGACAGUCUCCACAGGUGAGUUUAUAAACCCCAGUGUGUAAGUGCAUGUUUUUCGUUUGGCUCUUGUUGUUCUUAAUAUAUUUAAAUGCUGGUGUUAUUCUUUUCUUUUGAUCUGUCUGGCUAUUUUAGUUAAUAUAUUACCUGUAUAUGACGUGAUCGAGCAAUAUAUUGUAUUGGGCUUUUUCUCUUGUGGUGGGAAGAUUGAUUUAAGGGCUUUCUUGAGUAGUUUUUGCUGUAACAUUUUGUUUAUUAUGUGUUCGUUGUAUCCAAUAUUUAUUGCUAUAAGUUUAAUGAUAUUCAAUUCUACUUCGAAGUUAUUAUUUGACAUUGGGAUUUCUGUCAAUCUGUGGAACAUACUAUAGUAGGCUGCUAAUUUAUGUUGUGCAGGAUGGGAUGAAGUACUGUGUAUGGUUGUGUCAGUAUGUAUAGGUUUAUGAAAUACAGAGAACUCGUGUUUGUUUUCAAUUCUUAUAAUUUUUAAGUCUAGAAAAUUUAUUGACUGGUUUUGUUUUAUUUCUCUUGUAAAUUUAAUAUUACUAUGGAUUGAAUUAACGUAUGAUAAGAUUUGGCCAAAUUCAUGAAACAUAAAAUAAUGCAAUGUCAAAACCUGUAGCAUGUUAUUAAUUAUUCAUACUUUAUAGUACAUUCUUAACUUUUGUUAAAGGUAUUUCAUACCGAAAUUAAGAAGUAUUCAUGGUUUAGCCUAUUUCUCCUUCGUGGCUAUGAGUAAUUGCAUUAAAUCAGAGUUGUGCAGCUGAUUUGUAAAAUGGGAUUAUUUCGUAAACUGUUAAGUUUUGAAGUUAUUAACAAUUAUACCUUUUUUUGUUAAAAUCAUGUAACUCUAAUAUUUUUUUACCCAAAUAGUGCUAACUUAAAGAGCAAAAAAGUUAAACGCAAAUGUAUGCCGCCUAUGUGGCGUAUGUGGCGUCCUCAAUCAGCUACAUCAGUCAUCAAAGUAUGCAUCAAAUUAUAAUUCCUCGUACUCAAAAGCCUACAGUCAUAAAUUUUAAUUCGUAAAAAUGUCUACAAACAUGAAAGUUGUAGCGAAAAAUAAAAUUUUAAAUUUCAACUUUAACACCCUGUAUCUUUCUUAAUACAUAUUUACAUUUUAAGCAAACUGGCUUAAAUGGGAAUAUUUUGAAGUUUAGAGUCUACUGUUUCUUUUUGUACAAUUACUUACGGAUCACCCUGUAUAAAAAUAUGAACAAAAAUGGAGCAAAAAUGAUAUUUAUUUAAUACUUAGGUAUAAUUUAUUUCAUGAGAAGAUAAAAAUCGUGAUCACCAAUUUCGACAUGAUGUUUUUUAGUUAAUAAAAAUAGAAUUGGAUGCAGAUUAAGGAUUUAUUAGAUUCUGUAAUGAAAUAUAUUUAAAACAGUAAAUAUUCCAGAUGAAAAAUAAAGUGAUAACGACAGCUUACAAGGUACCUACCUGUAAAAAUAUAAUCCCUUUCUGAAUAACAUAAUACGUCAUUUUAUAAAAAGGUAACUAUGGAUAUUGUGAUUUGUCACGUUUAUUUCUUUUGAAAAUACACAACAAUAUUACUGUUUAAUCUCCUUGUCUCCCAAUAACUUACCUAUUUCAUUGUUAAGUUAUAUUAUCUUCCUAAUUCAUUGUUUAGUUUUCGGAAAAUAUGUAAAUGUGCAGAACAGCCAACUCUUUAUCUCACUUUUCUUAACAUUGCUUUUAGGAAAGAUUAUUUAAAUAAGAUUUCAAAAGGUUUUACGACAUGAACGUGUAUUAUUAUAUUAUAUUGUAUUUUGGUAAUCCUAAGAUAGGCCCUUAAUUUUUGUAAAAUCGUAAAUCCUCUUUUAGUGGAUUUUUCAUAACAUCAUGAAACAUCUUUGUCCGAUAAUUUAGUAUAAAUACGGUAACUUACUCUUAAAAUUUUAAAUCAGUUUUAAGUGUAGUACUGAAAUAUUUCGAGGCCUGUUAAUAUUUGUGGAAGUGAUCUACGUACGAUGAAUAUGAACAAAAUUAAACAUAAAUAUAAGUUUCGUUCACGUACAGUGAAAUUAGUGAAUGAAGCCUUAAGUACAGAGUGCCAUUCUAAGCCUCUCGAUCAAUCAAGAUCAUCAAACGGUAGCGAAUAUACUCCUACCUGUUUCAGUGAUGAUUUGGAUGACUCAUAUGAAAUGCACUCUAUUUCUAUUGAAACAACAGAUGACAGUGUGGCAAAUAAACAACAAACAGAUUGUGACUUGAUGUAUGAAAAUGAUGCUAUUUUAGAUGACUCUACCCCUAAUCCAAUAUAUCAAGAACUUAUAGCAUCAUCUUCUCUCGAUAAUAUAGAAAAAUCAGCGGAUGAAACUAAUUCCUCACUUAUUGACAGUGUAUGUUUGAAGAAAAGAAGGAUACGAAGAAAACACAAUUGUAUUUACUGCGACAUCCCUGUUUUAAAUUUUGCUAGACACCUUGAAAGAAUUCAUAGUGAUGAACUUGAGGUUCAAAAAUACUUAUCUCUUGACAAAAAGGAUCCGAAACGAAAAUAUUUCAUUGAUAAAAUACGAAAGGAGGGAGACUUCUGCAUUGGCAAAUCCGUACCUGUGUUUCGUAGAAAUGUUUUAAGUAAUAGUGAUGAAUCUUCGACUAAUUCAAACAUGCUUCCAUGUAUACACUGUAAAGGAUAUUAUGCCAAAAAAUCGCUUCGGCGCCACAUUAGACGGUGCUAUUUUAAUGAAAAAAAGGCAACAGGAAAAGUACGACAUCAGUCCGAAGCCCAAAACCUAAUGGCUACUAAUUUUGGAUCAACCGAUCCACUAAGGACUUCGGGUGUUUUAAAUUCACUAGCUGCGGAUGACAUCUCUUUAGUAGCAAAGAAAGACAAACUUAUAUGCGAUGUAGGAAGGAAAUAUGUAAAAAGUCAUAAAGACAGACAUCUGAUUCAAGUAGCCAAACGACAAAUGCGGCGUUUAGCACGUCUUCUAAUACAAUCCAGGAAAAUUGAAAACAAUAGCAAUUUAACGUUAUUUUUCCUCCUACAUCCCUCAAAGUUUAAAACAAUUGUGUCCGCAACUCGGUCAAUUGCGAAUUAUAAUACCGAGAGCAAAUGUUUCCAGUCACCAUCACUUGCUCUUCAGAUGGGUACAUUAAUUAAAAAAGCAAUCAGUUCUGCUUAUUCUAUGGAGGUUCAAAGGGAUGUCGAUUCUGCUAAUAUUAAGAGCUUAGACGUCAUGAAAAAACUUAUCGAUGAUCAAUGGGCGUUAGAAAUAUCGACUGAAGCUGGACAGAAUAUUCAAAUCAAUCGAUUUAAUAAACCGACCCUGAUUCCCAUGGCUGAGGAUAUUGCUAAAAUGAAGACUUAUCUGGAUGAGCUUAUAACAUCUUCAAUAACUCACCUGGAUGAAAAUGUGAAUAACACACAAGCGUACAAAUGUCUGCUCGAAGGUACAUAUUGCAGCUUACUACUUUUUAAUAAGAGACGAGUAGGGGAGCUGCAGAGAUUACCUUUAGAUAUUUAUUUAAAACAUCAUGAUUCUCAAUCUUCUAAAGAGUUUGAGAAAGUCCUAACAGAAACCGAGAAAAUUUUAGUUCACUCUUUAAAACGCAUAGUAAUAAGAGGUAAGAGAGGUAGAGGCGUACCUGUUCUGUUUGACAAAUUGACCAAAAGUGGAGUUGACACUUUAAUUAAAUAUAGGAAUAAUUUUUUUACCUCUUACAACGAAUACCUAUUUGGCAUACCGAAUACUAUUAACUGCAUCAGUGGAUAUCAUGUUCUCAGAAAGCAUGCUUCUAAGGUGUUGAAUGAUGCAAACAAAAUCACUACCCUCACGUCAACUCGCCUCAGAAAACACUUAGCAACAAUAAUACAAAUUUUAAAAAUGGAAAAGGGUGAACUAGAACAACUAGCAAAAUUUAUGGGGCAUACCUCAAAAACUCAUGAUGAGUGGUAUCGUCUCCCGUCAGACAUUUACCAAACCGCAAAAGUUUCCAAAAUAUUAUUGCUCGCUCAAAACACUAAUAUUGACCAAUAUAAAAAUCGAAAUUUAAAUGAGAUUGAAGUCGAUAACGAGAUAUUGGAAGACGCAGAAGAAGCUGAUAGUGACGAAGAAAAUACUAAUCAACCUAUUCUUCAACAAAAUGAAGUAAACAUCCCGUCACAAAAUAGAAUAAAGGAGAAAGGUAAACGUAUUUUAGUUCCAUGGACAAAAGAGGAAAAAGAACUUACGCAAAAAUUCUUUGCACGUCAUAUUAAGAAGAAAAUUCCGCCAAAAAAAAUGGAAGUUUUAAAUUUGGUAGAAAAGUAUCCAAAUGUUUUUAAAAACAGGAAAUGGGACACAAUAAAAGUAUUUGUACAAAAUAAAUAUAAAUCACAAUAAUUCAUUCAAGUGAUUACGAUUUUCAAUAAAAUAUUCUAUUACAA